GAAAGUUCACAGAAUGGUGUGUGGAUCUCUUCUGUUGCUCAGUGUGUCUCUAUUUCCUCUGGAUACUUUUACUGUAUGAGCUGUGUUUACAGCUGCUGGGAUUAGGUGGAUCAGAAAAGUGUCGACAGCUGUCCACAGUGCAGAGACGCGUUCACCUCAGGCCGCUUCUAAAGAAAAGCACCAUCUUGGCUGAGCUGUUGGGGAAUCUGAAGAUGGCAGAGGCCCAGGCUGCUCCACCCGUGACCGCACGCACAGGAUCAGGAGAUGUGGAGUGCGACUUGUGCUCUGAGGAGAAACUCAAAGCGGUCGUGUCCUGUCCGGUGUGUCUGACCUCCUUCUGUGAGGUUCAUGUUCAACCUCGUUAUCAGCCUGCCUUGCAGAAGCACAAGCUGGUCAAAGCCACACAGCUACAGGAGAAGAUAUGUUUUCAACACGGCAGGCUCCUUGAGAUGUUUUGUUACAAUGACCAGAAGUGCAUUUGUGUGUUGUGCACCACAGAAGAUCACAAUGGCCAUAAUACUGUUUUUGCAACAGUAGCACGGCCCGAGAAACAGAAGCUGCUUCUGGAAAAAAGGAAGAAAUUCCAUAGGAGAAUCCAAGAAAGAGAGAUAGCGAUGAAGAAGUUGACAAAAGCUGUGGUAUCUUACAAACGUUCUGCACAGGAAGCGUUGGAGCACAGCGACAGGAUCUUCACUGAGCUGCUGCAGUCCAUUGAGAGAAGACGCUCUGAGGUGAAAGAGCUGAUCAGAGCUCAGGAGGAGGCAGCUGUGAGUCGAGCUGAAGAGAUUCUGAAGGAGCUGGAGCGGGAGAUCGAGGAACUGAAGAGAGGAGACGCUGAAAUGGAAGAGCUCUCACGCGAAGAAGACGAUGUCCACUUCCUCCAGAGUUUCCAGGCCCUCCAGACCUCUCCUGUAUCCAAAGCUUCACUCAGCAUCACUCUCAGUCAACAUCCAUCAUUUGACGCCCUGAAGGAAUCUCUUAUUGCACUGAAAAGGGACGAAACCUGCCAGAUUGGGAAGAUAUUAGCAGUAGUGAGGAAGAUCCACAUUGUGCUGCCACUGAAACCAAAAACUAGAGAGGAGUUCAUGGAGUAUUCUUGUCCACUGACGCUGGAUCCAGACACAGCACACAGAUCCCUCUCCCUGUCCGAGGCGAACCGGAAGGCAACCCGAGGAGAGGAGCAGCCAUAUCCUGACCAUCCUGACCGGUUCGACGGAUGGGCGCAGGUGCUGUGCGUGGAGGCUAUUUCUGCAUGUUCCUACUGGGAGGUGGAGUGGACUCAUGAGGACAAUGUUGGAGUGGAUAUCGCCCUUGCAUACAAACAUAUUGACAGGAAAGGUGUUCUUGAAUGUCGGUUUGGGUGCAAUAAACAGUCGUGGAGGCUAGAGUGUGAUCCUGGAAGAUGUUCUUUCAGGCACAAUAACUUCAGAACUGAACUCCUCACCCUCCCACUCGCCAGGAUGGGGGUGUAUGUGGACCAUAGGGUGGGCCUUUUGUCCUUCUACAGCGUCUCAGACACAAUGACCCUCCUCCACACUGUGCAGACAACAUUUACUGAACCCCUCUAUCCUGGGUUUUGGGUGGCAAAUGGAGCAUCUAUAAAAAUCUGCGCAGAAUAAUGCAUUACAGUAAUUGCAUUGCUGCACUGAUUCAUUGUUUAAAUUAUGCACUAAGCCCUAAAAUGCGGAAAUAAGAGACAUCCUCACUGGUCUCUGGGACUCUACAUGCUCAAUCAGCAUUUGUGGUGAUUAGACUAAACACUGUUUUAGACUAAACACUUUUUUAGACUAAACACUUUUUUUGUAGUGCAGCCAUUCUGCUGCUGCUGCUCAUUUUCAUCUCACUGAGAUACUAGUCUGGCUUCACACAAUACACUUACGUUUCCCUUAGCCAUCAGGAUGGCAGUCCAAUCAGCGACGAGAGGGGAUAACUAUACUUUCGAAAGUGUCGAAAGUGGUCAACGGUAGUAACAAUGCCUGCAAACAUCCAGAAAAUUGCAGUCGGAAAAAUGUGUAAAUGUAUAUACAACAAAGGUAAAUGCAUUGUGUCCUGACUGCUGAUGCUGCUUAUUAUCAGUAUGUAAAGGUUAGUAGGAAGUAAAGUGAGAAAUCCCUGAUCAA